UUGUGGAUUUUUGUCAUGGGUCAAGGGUGGAAAAGGUUAUCUUUGCUUGUAGUUUUCUUGCUAUUUUGGAAGAAUGCUGAUGGAGUUAAAGGUAGAGCUUAUUCCAAUGCCCAUCAUCUGUGGGGUCAGCCUUCUGAUGCUCUUUCACCUCAUGCAGUCCAGUCUUCUAUGUCAGAGACCCGUGUGACUUUGCCUGUUGAAGAAGUGGGCUCCUGUUUGUUCCCUAACAAACCCCUGAAAAGCAGGUCAAAGCUUAAUGUACUCCAGUUUGUCAAAGGUGGUUCUAGCAGCUAUCAGUCAACGUCCCUUGCCCAAACUGCUCCAGGCAGCUCUGUAUCUGCUUCCUUGCCUCUGCCCCCAGUUCAACAGCCUUCAAGCAGUUUGAUGUCCUCUGGGUCAACCAUUUUGGGUGUUGCUAGUGGAUCAAAUUUGGAGACCCAGUAUGCUGCGAGUGGUUCUGGAUCCCUUGUUUCUAACCAAGGAGAGCGUAAUAGCUACUCUGAGCUUGGCAUUUCUGGCCCGUCUACCAGUGAUAAUUUGCAUGUGUCCAGCUCCCAGGCAACAUCUGUUCAUCAAUCAGCAGACGCCUCUUUGCCCAUGUUCUCUCAGGAGAGUGUCCCUUACAGUAGCUGGUCUAGCCAGGCUCAAGGCUCUGCCACUUCUCAGGGCAGCUCUGGGGCUGUAUUGUCUGCAAGUUCUGUCCAGUCUAUCCCCACACAAGUCGGGAAUAACCGUUACAGUGGUGUCUCCCACUACCUCUACCAGUCAACAAGUGCUCAAAGUUCACCUAGUGUGUCUACAUCAAGCACUCAGACCAGGUAUGGUACUCUGUUAGCAACUUCUAGUCGUUAUGUCCCUGUACAGGGAGGUAGUAGCUCCAAUAGUUUUUCUCUCAAGCCUCCGGGUACUCUGGGUCGGUAUGCUCCUGGAUCCCCUACCAAAUAUGUAAGCGCUCGCAUGUCUUCACACCAAGCUAUUUAUAGCCAAACCACAAGUAGCGGGUCUUCCUAUAAAACAGUUUCACAAGUUGGUUCUCUGUCUCAAACGGGAGCUUCUGGUCAGUUUACAUCUCAGGGAGGGAACUAUUAUAGUGGGUUGCUUCCACAGUCUCCAGCUACCUCUAGUCAAUCUGCUCUUGGCUACUCCAAGCUUAUUUCCUCACCCCAAAGGACUUCCAGUCAGUCUGGCAGUGUAUUGAGUUCCCGUAAGCAAUAUGCCUCUGCCUCCCAAGGCAGCUCAGGGGCUCAGUUUGGGGCCUCUACAGGUUUUGCCUCACAGGGAAUGAGCAGCUCUUACAGUGGUUCUGUUCAGUCACAAGAUACCACAGGUCAGUUUGCCCCUGGCUCUCCAUCUUCAUAUGAUGGUUUAUAUUGCAAGUGUGCACUGUCACCCCAAGGUGUAGAUAGUCAGUCUACGAUUCAGAGUUCACGUAAGCAGUUCACCUCUGGCUAUGGCACCCAGUCGGGGUCUUCUAAAACCUUCACCCUGCAAGGAAGUAUCGCUUUUGAUGGGUCACCACAGCCUCAAGGUACUGCAAGUCAAUUUUCCCCCGUGUCUCCCUCAUAUCCAAGUGUAUCAUCCCCAUCCCAAGAUGUUGCCAGUCCAUCUACUAUGGUUCAGGUUUCUCAGAAGCAACUUGCUUCUACCUUCACGGGCAGCUCUGGCACCCAGGGAGGGUCCUCCACUCCCUUCACCCUGCAGGGAGUCACUGCUUAUGGUGGAUCACCUCAAGGUGCCACAAGUCAGUUUUCCCCUGGAUCUAAAUCCUCCUAUGCAAGUGUAUCCCUGUCUUCACCCCAAGCUGGUCCAUCUACUACUGUUCAGGGUUCUCGGAAGCAGUUUACAUCUACCUUCACAGGCAGCUCUGGCACCCAGGCUGGGUCAUCUACUCUCUUCACUCUGCAGGGAAGCACCAGUUAUGGUGGAUCACCACAGCUCCAAGAUACUGCUGGCACAUUUGCCCCUGGGUCUCUGUCCUCCUAUGCAAGUGUAUCCCUGUCCUCACCCCAAGCUGUUGCUGGUCCUAGUAUGGUUCAGAGUUCACGGAAGCAGUUUACUUCUGGAUUUAGAGGCAGCUCUGGGGCUCAAUUUGGAGCUUCUACUGGUGUUGCCAGUCAAUCUAGUUCACAGAAGCAGUUUACCUCUGCCUCCCAGAGAAGGAUUGGGGCCUCUACAGGUUUUGUUUCACAAGGGAUGAGUAGGUUUUACAGUGGUUCUGUCAAGUCUCAAGAUCCUGCAAGUCAAUUUGCCCCUAAACCUCAAUCUCCCCAUGCAAGUGUAUCACUGUCCUCACCCCAAGCUGGUCCAUCUACUACUGUUCAGGAUUCUCGGAAGCAGUUUACCUCUACCUUCACAGGCAGCUCUGGCACCCAGGCAGGGUCCUCCACUUGCUUCACCCUGCUGGGAAGCACUGCUUAUGGUGGAUCAUCUCGGCCUCAAGAUGCUGCUAGUCAGUUUAUCCCUGGGUCUUCAUCCCCAUAUGCAAGUGUGUCAUCGUCCUCAUCCCAAGGUGUUGCUAGUCCGUCCAGCCAAUCGUAUCAAGGCUAUUCUGUGUCCCAAAGCCAGAAGUCUCAAAGAUGGCAGCCUUUAGCUACUCAUUGGACACAAGGUAUUCGGACCUCAGAUGCUGCUGCUGCUGCGUCACAGGAUAGCUCUUCAACUCAAAGCUCUCCAAUGCAGUUCUAUUCCCUGUCAUCUGCAGAAGGCUCAUCUUCAAGAGUUUCUGGUCCGUUUGUUUCUGCACCGGGUGGUAGCACCAGUUACGGUGGGUCUUUCCAAUCUCAAAGCCUUUCUACAAAGCAUACCCCUGGGUCCCAGAUCUUGCCCUAUGAUCCAAGUGUUUCUGGGCAAGGUACAUCCAGUGCUUCAGCUUCUGAGGUCUUGAGUAGCUACAGUUUAAUGAACAACCAGAAUGCUCCCGCUCCAUCCCGCAGCUCUUCCUCAAGCCGCUUCUACUUAGACAAGGGCUGAAAGACUCCAGUAAUCUACUGCAAAUGUCCUCCAGAAUUGAAACUCCAAUAAAUGUUUUAAGCAAA